GAAAGAAAGAAAGAAAAAAAAAAGCCACGAGUCCAAGUUGAGGCAUGGAAAUCCACCGCCGGGCAGGUGGUGCCGACUGCCUAGGCAUGCUAGGUGCUUGCCUGGGAAUCGGAGCCGAACCAUACCACGCGGCCUAGGUAGAGCUACUCGUAAAGCGCAUGCGUGUUGGGCGCACGACGUAGUAGCAGGUACUUGUCGUAUUUCCCCUACCAUCAUACGUCGUCCUACACGUAACUCGUCUUGAUCCUGUUAUACGCCACGCAAACCUCCUCGUCCACCUCUCUGCUUCUCCUCGACAACCCUUCUUUCGACGAUCCCGCUCACCUUGUCUUCUCCGGGCCACGAUUGCCGCUCCUGUUCUUUAUCCGCGGCAGCGAUGCUCUGCUCUUGUCAUCUUUGACCCAAUCUAAUUGAUUCUCUUCGGGUCCCUCCUUUUUCUUGUCUCGUUUUUUUCCUCUUCGCCUCGUCAGCCUCAUCCGCCCCGAGCUGUCUGCCACUCGUUCCAACCCUUUUUUUAUUACUCUGCAGCCCUCUUUCCCUCUCCGUCUUCCACCGCGAGGGGAUCCCGCUUCCGCGGUCGCGGCGUACCGUCAUGGCCGAUCAGCAGGCCGCAGUCGCGUCCGGCGUCGAUCCCGGCGACGCUGCUCGCCGCCGCAAUGUACCCGGUUCCGCCGCUGUGCCCGUAGCGCGGCAGCCCGAGCUCGACGAGAAGAAGGUCCUCGCGAAGGGCAAGCAACCCUCCGUGCUGCAAGUCCUCGACCAGUGGGAGUUCAUCAUCGCACCCCUGAUCUUCACAGCCCUGGCAGCCUUUACGCGUCUAUGGAAGAUCGGUCUCAGCCCAAUUGUCACUUGGGAUGAAGCCCACUUCGGCAAGUUCGGAUCGCAUUACAUCAAACGCGAAUUGUUCUUCGACGUUCACCCCCCCCUUGGUAAAAUCCUCGUCGGACUAUCCGGAGUGCUCGCUGGCUACAAUGGGUCCUUCGAAUUCAAGUCGGGAGAGACGUACCCCGAAGAGCUCGACUACACCUUCAUGCGAGCCUUCAAUGCCUUCUGGGGGAUCCUGUGCAUCCCGCUGGCCUACUAUACUGCGAAGGAGUUGAACUUGAAGCGACCCGCCGUCUGGCUGGUGACGCUUAUGGUUCUGUGCGAGAACUCGUACACGACAAUUAGUCGAUUCAUCCUUCUGGAUUCUAUGCUCCUCUUCGGUACUGUCGCCACUGUCUUUUGCUGGUCCAAGUUCCACCGUCAGCAGAAGUCGAGCUUCGAGCCCGAGUGGUUCUUCUGGUUAUUCAUGACGGGACUUAGCCUGGGAUUCGUCUGCAGCAUUAAGCUCGUCGGACUCUUUGUCACCGCCCUCGUCGGCCUCUACACGAUCGAGGAUCUCUGGAACAAGUUUGGCAACACCAAGAUGCCCGUCCUGGUGCUCGCCGGCCAUUUCAGUGCUCGAGUUGUCGGCCUGAUCGUCGUCCCGCUGCUGGUGUACCUCCUCUCUUUUGCGCUGCAUUUCGCCAUCCUGACGAGGAGCGGCCCCGGCGACGCUCAGAUGAGCUCCCUCUUCCAAGCUAACCUGGAGGGCAGCGAAAUUGGGCGGAACUCCCCCCUAGAGGUUGCCAUUGGUUCCAAGGUGACGCUGAAGAACAUGGGUUACGGUGGUGGUUUGCUCCACAGUCACGUUCAGACCUACCCGGAGGGCUCGACUCAACAGCAGGUUACCUGCUACCACCAUAAAGAUGCCAACAAUGACUGGUGGUUCUACCCCAACCGUACGGAUCGGGAUUACGACGCCGAGGAAGAGCCGCGAUUCAUUGGGAACGGGGAUGUCAUUCGCUUGAUUCACUCUCAGACCGGACGAAACCUCCACACUCAUGAUAUCGCGGCUCCGGUCACCAAGAGCCAGAAGGAGGUCUCUGCAUACGGUAACCUCACCGUCGGCGAUGACAAGGACCACUGGCAGAUCGAAGUCGUGAAGGACGUUGCUUCUCGCGACAAGAGUAGGAUUCGGACUCUGACUACCGCUUUCAGGCUGAGGAACCCCGUGAUGGGUUGUUAUCUGCGAGCUGCCAACGUCAACCUCCCUCAGUGGGGUUUCAAACAGAUCGAAGUGACCUGCGACAAGAACAACAACCCUCGUGAUGCUUUCACCCACUGGAAUGUCGAGGCUCACACGAACGAGAAGCUUCCCCCCGCAGACCCGGGCAAGUACAAGUCUCCGUUCUUCCACGACUUCAUUCACCUGAACGUGGCCAUGAUGACUUCCAACAACGCCCUCGUCCCCGAUCCCGACAAGCAAGAUGACCUUGCUUCCCAAUGGUGGCAGUGGCCCAUCCUCAAUGUCGGCUUGCGCAUGUGCGGUUGGGAUGACAAGAUUGUCAAAUACUUCCUCCUUGGCAAUCCCUUCAUAUACUGGGCCUCAACCGCAUCGCUCGGCGCCGUCGGCCUAGUCACGGUUUGGUACAUUCUCCGCUGGCGACGAGGCUUCGAGGACUUGUCGCAGGAGGAUAUCGACCAGAUCCACUACUCUGGGCUCUACCCUAUUCUGGGAUGGUUCCUUCACUACCUCCCCUUCGUCAUCAUGGCCCGUGUCACCUAUGUUCACCAUUAUUACCCCGCCCUGUAUUUCGCCAUCCUGAGCCUCGGCUUCCUCGUCGACUGGACUUUGCGGAACCAGAAGAAGGCGAUCCAGUACACCAUCUACGGAAUUCUGUACUCCGUCAUCAUCGGUCUCUACAUCUACUUUAUCCCGAUCUGCUGGGGCAUGACGGGCAGCAACAAGAACUACAGCUACAUGAAGUGGUUCGAUACAUGGCGUGUCUCCGAUUAAAGCGACUAGAGAGACGGAUCAACGUCCUUUUGCUCGGACGCGCGAAGGGGUAGGACCGUUGGCCGAGUCGAAGUAAGGCUAGGGUACGCUCGGCUUACCCGGGCCCUCGUAAAGGAGGGAAGUGAGAGAGAGGCUGGGACAUUUCAUAUAGACCAUACUGCACCCGGCUUUACCAGGCAAUGGAUAGCCAGCCACCCAUUGUCCUUGACGAUAACAAGCUCCCAUCUCCUCUUAUUUACCCUCUCUCUCUCUCUCUCUCGCUCUCUCUUUAUAGUAUCGGGUGUAAUGAUAUGAGGAGAGCUUUCUUUUUUGGUUGCAUAAAAAAGAUUUUUUGCA